ACAAAUACUCACUACUCAGUUACUUUCUUCUCCAUCCAUAUCAAAAUGGUGGUGGCCCUUGGCUAUAUAAACUUCUUUUCAGUAAUUGCAAUUCUUGCCGGAUUUUUGACCCAGUCAAUUGUAGUAGGUCAGAAUUGCGGCUGUGCAGCAAAAUUAUGUUGCAGUCAGUUUGGUUAUUGUGGUACUGGUACUCCCUACUGUGGUGAGGGGUGCCAAUCAGGUCCAUGCACUAGAACUCCGAUUAACGGGGCUUCUGUUGCUAAAAUUGUAAGCCCCGCAUUCUUUAACGGGAUAAUUAGUCGAGCUAGUUCACGAUGUCCGGGAAAGAGGUUCUAUACACGUAAUGCUUUUCUUGCAGCCGCCAAAUCAUACCCUAGAUUCGGUAAAACUGGGAGUCUUGAUGAUUCUAAACGUGAAAUCGCUGCAUUCUUCGCUCAUGUUGCACAUGGAACUGGACAUUUUUGUUACAAAGAAGAACUAAAUGGAGCAAGAAAAGACUAUUGUGACGAGACAAACAAACAAUAUCCAUGUGUUCCUGGCAAAAAAUAUCAUGGUCGAGGACCCAUACAAAUAGCAUGGAACUACAAUUACGGCCCAGCUGGUAAAAGUAUUGGCUUUGAUGGUUUAAAAGCUCCAGAAACUGUGUCUAGUAAUGCAGUCAUCUCGUUUAAGACAGGAUUUUGGUUUUGGAUGAACAAUGUACACUCCAUCAUAACUUCGAAUAAAGGUUUUGGUGCUACGAUUCGUGCAAUCAAUAGUUUGGAAUGCAAAGGUGGAAACCCUCGUGCAGUUCAAGCCAGAAUUAGAUAUUUCUUGGGUUACUGUAAGCAACUUGGUGUAUCACCAGGGAAGAACCUUUCUUGCUAGAAACUCGUGUUUCUAUUUAUCAUUUUUAAGUAUGUAAUCGUUUUACUUAUCAGCUCAGUCAAGAGUUAAAUAAAGAGCAGAUCUGAAUAUCAAUGGGCCAAUGGCAAGUUGAGACCCUGGCUAGAUUGAGGCUACCCAAAUAAAGAUAAAAGAGGGGUUAUUUUGAAAA